AUGGAGUAUGGUCUUUAUGUUCAACAUAUAUAUGAUAGCAAUAUGAUUCUGGUGUGUCUCUAUUUUGAUGACAUAUUGCUAACAGGGAGUUGUUCAGAUGAGAUAACUAAGUUUAAGAAGGUGUUGAUGAAUGAGUUUGAGAUAACUGAUAUAGAAAAUAUGAUAUAUUUUUUAGGGAUGGAGAUUUUGUACUUUGAUAAGGGUAUAAUUUUUCAUCAACUGAAGUAUGAACUUGAGCUUCUGAAGAGAUUUGAUCUAAUAAAUUACAAGUCUGCAAUCACACAUGCUGAAACAAAUAAGAAGUUGGAUUCUGAUGUUAAGGGUGAUGAUAUAGAUGCUACAAUCUUCAAACAGUUGGUUGACUGUCUUAGAUAUUUGUGCAAUACCAUAUCUGACAUUUGUUAUGCAGUUGAAAUGGUGAGUAGAUUUAUAAACAAACCAGAGUGGUCAGAUUACCAAGUUAUUGUCAUGAUACUGAGGUAUAUUAAGGGGACUUGGAAGUAUGGACUUUUGUUCUCUUUUGAUUGUGAAUCUGAUUCAGAGUUGAUAUGUUGUUCAGACUCUGAUUGGUGUAGAGACAGAGUUGACAAAAGAAGUACUUCUGGAUAUUUCUUCAAGUAUCUGAGAGGUUUCAUUUCUUAG